AUGUCAAGUUCAGAGUAUAAUAAGACGACGAUUCUUCUAAAUGGUCGCAACUGGCAGGCGUGGCGUUUCCAGACGCAGAUUGUUCUUCGUUCGAAGAAACUAUUAGAGAUUGUUUUGGGCAGAGAGGUGAGGCCUAAAGAAGAGGGAAAAACACAAGAAUCAUGGGAUGACAGAGAGAUAAAAGCCCAGGAGAGCAUGCCGGAGGAGAAGCAGAGCUUGCAGGAGCUGAUGGGGCGGUUGUUGGUCGAGGAGGAGCGUAGUGGAAGUAUACCCAGCAGCAGCGCCAGCACGGCACCUCAAGACUCAGCAUUAGUGGUGGGUAUGCGGCAUCGUAUUAAAUGUUUUGAGUGUGGCAAAGUAGGCCAUAAAAUAAGUGAAUGUAGGUACAGGAAGUGUUUUAAUUGUCAGAAAAUAGGUCAUUUAAUCAAAGAUUGUAAAUUGUCAAAAAUUAAGAGUAAUGAGAAAAAUAAGUCAGAGAAAAAUAAUUCAAGUGAAAAGAAUAAGCCUAAAGAGAGAAGUAAGAGUUCAAAAUCUGAAUCUUUUUUAUGCCAUUCUACUAGGGAAAUUGAAUGUAACUAUUCUUUUGAUUCAAAAAUGUUCUUUUUAGAUUCAGGUGCUAGUGACCACAUGUGUUUUAUUAAAAAGUAUUUUACAGAGUUUUGUGAAUUAAAAGCUAAGAGAUUUGUGACAAUAGGAGAUGGUACUAAGUUAGAGGUUUUGGGAACAGGAAAGGUUAUUGUAUGGGCCUUUAAUGGUUCUAGUUAUGUUUCCCGUACGUUGGAUGAUGUUCUAUAUGUACCUAACCUUAAAGUAAACUUAUUCUCUCUAGCAUCAGCUGUUAAUAAAGGUCACACAAUGGUGUCAGAUUCUAAUGGAUGUAAGUUUUAUAAAAAAAAUUCAGUAACAGCAGUAGCUGAUAAGUUUGACAAAAUGUAUGUAAUGAGAUUUAAAUUAAGUGAUGUAGCUUUGUUAACUUUAACAGAUUGGCAUAUUAAGUUUGCACAUCAAAAUUACAAGUAUGUUAAAGAGUUUUUAGAUUUAAGGGGCAUUAAAUAUGAAGGGCAGACUGAUCAGUGCUUACCAUGUAUCCAGGGAAAACAGCAUAGGUUACCGUUUAGUCAGAGUAGUAGUAGGGUAUGGUAUCCAGACACAAGAAGAGUAAAAAUUCAUAGGGAUAUUGUAUUUGUAAAAGUUAAGAAUAACUUGGACAAUGCAUUAGAGAAAGAUGAAACGGAGAAUGAAGAGGUAAUAGAGAAUGUAGAAUCGAUAGAAAAUAUUAAAGAAGAACAAGAAGAGGAUCAAAAUCAAGAAGAAGAUGACGAGAUUGAAGUAGGAGAACACAGAGAUGUCCAGCAGCAAGAAGAGGCAAGAAGCAUUGCAGAAGAUGUAACAUCAAGUGAAGUAGACAUGAUGGAAGAGUACUUAGAUGAAGAAUUUUUAGAUGCAGAAGAAGAUAUUCCUAAAAAUGAAGAAAAGAAGAAUUCUAGAAAUAUAAAUCCCAUUCCUCAUUUUCAUAAUAUCACA